AUGGCUUCCGUGUUUCUGUAUUUCAGUUUGCACAGUGUUCUGAUGGCCAGAUACAUCAACAGCUCUUAUACCCUGAACCAGAGCUUGACCCCAGGGGAAAUAUUUAAUGCCUCAGACUCAGAGGACAUCUCACGCACAGCCAUCUCAAAAAAGAACUGGCCAGCCUUGCUGAUUCUCAUCAUCAUUGUGUUGACUGUUGGGGGAAAUAUAUUAGUGAUCAUGGCAGUCUCACUGGAGAAAAAGCUACAGAAUGCUACAAACUACUUUCUAAUGUCCUUGGCUGUUGCUGAUAUGCUGGUGGGAAUUUUAGUUAUGCCAGUUUCCCUAAUUACUAUUCUCUACGACAAUACCUGGCCUUUCCCGGAAAAGCUGUGUCCCAUCUGGAUUUACUUGGAUGUUCUUUUUUCCACUGCAUCCAUCAUGCAUCUGUGUGCAAUAUCACUGGAUCGCUACAUUGGAAUACGGAAUCCAAUUGAGCAUAGUCGCUUCAACUCACGAACUAAAGCUAUUAUUAAACUAACUGCUGUCUGGACCAUUUCAAUAGGCAUAUCGAUGCCAAUCCCCGUCAUCGGCAUUCAAGAUGAGUCCAGGGUUUUCAUUGACCACAGCUGCGCCAUUAAUGAUGAAAGCUUUGUCCUUGUGGGCUCAUUUGUAGCAUUCUUUAUCCCACUGAUUAUAAUGGUCUUCACGUAUUGCUUGACUGUACGGGCAUUGCAGAAGCAGAUCAGCGUGUUUUUAGGCGAUCAAAAACAAAAGCGAACAAGCUUGCACGUCUUUAAAAAGGAGAACAUAGGAGAAAGCACAACAGUGAUACAAAGAUCGGAGACACCAAAUGCAAGUCCGAAGCCACCUUUGAAUAAGGAAUCUCGGCUCUUCCGGAAAGGAACCAUGCAUUCAAUCAACAAUGAACAGAGGGCUUCAAAGGUUCUUGGAAUCGUCUUCUUUUUGUUUGUUGUCAUGUGGUGCCCGUUCUUCAUCACUAAUGUCAUGUCCGUUAUCUGCAAGGAUUCUUGCAAUGAAGCCAUCAUUGGAGAGCUGCUCAAUGUGUUUGUCUGGAUUGGUUAUACCUCAUCUGGUGUCAAUCCACUAGUUUACACACUCUUUAAUGGAACAUACCGCCGAGCUUUUUCCCACUAUAUUCGUUGCCAUUACAGUAUCAGAAGAACCAGAAAUCACUUCACAAUCAUUGCCUCCACGUCAGCAAUAUAUGAGAGAAAUUUGGAAAUGACUACCGCGAACAAUGGAAACAAAUCCGUGAGUAAUGAAUUAAAAGCCCCUGAAGAAAAACUACAUGUAGCACUGGGAUCGACGAAGCCUUCUAUUGUUAUCAGUGAAAAAGUUAGCUGUGUGUAA